AUGCUUUUUCUCGCUCGCCAAUCGAUCAGAUCCGUUCCAAGACUCAACCUGGCCCGUGUGGCCGUUGGUAUGAGACAGCUCACCACCGUCAAGACCACGUCACAAGAAGAACAAAACAUCUUGGUUGCCCAAAGAAAAAACAGACCAUCUUCUCCACAUUUGCAAAUCUAUCAACCACAGCUUACAUGGAUUCUGUCCUCAUUCCACAGAAUCACCGGUGUUGGAUUAGCCGCCGGCUUUUACGCGGUUACGUGCACAUUUGCGCUUUCUAGUCUGACAGGUUUGCAAUUUGACACAGCAACUUUGGUGUCUUUGGUUGCCGGUCUCCCAGUGGCCGCAAAAGUUGCACUCAAGGCUGCUGCCUCGUUCCCAUUUGCAUUCCACGUCGCCAACGGUUUCAGACACUUGGUGUGGGAUUUCGGCCACGAGCUCACCAUCAAGGGCGUCUACAGAACAGGAUACGUUGUUCUUGGAUUCACCGCCUUGAUUGGAACCUAUCUCACCUUCUUCCUCUAA